UUAUGUGAAACACCAAGUGCUGCUUAAGCUGGUGUUAUGGAAACGAACGAGUCACAGCUGAAUGUGAUUGAUGCAUUUCUGGUCUGAAUAGAUGACCUUAUUAAUAUUAAAUACAUCAAUAAUUGUCUGCUGCAUGAGAGAUUAAAAUGAAUCCCGACCGCUUCAGCCUUACCGUUGAUGAAUAUUUGGCUCAGAAGAAUGUUCUCUUUUACCUUGAAGAUUCUGCAAGCCAGCUGCUGGAGCACAAAGAAGAGUAUAUCCAAUUUGGAAUUGUCAGAUAUUUUGCAGAGUACUUCAACAGUGUGCGAGAUGGGAACCAUGUCCUCUUCAGGGAGUUCAGCUAUGUCAAAGCUACCCCACACAACAGAGCUUCCUUUAUCCGAAUGUUCUGGAGAUGUUUCAGACAAAUAGGAAAGAAUGGAGACCUGCUGGCCAUGACAGAAUACACUUCUCUUCUUCAGCUGCUCUGUCCAGAUUUCCCAGUAGAAGUGGUGCAAAAUGCAGCAAGGAUUGUGCUGAUGGAUGAUGCUAUGGACUGCCUGAUGUCGUUUGCUGACUUUCUCUAUGCAUUUCAAAUUCAGUUCUACUAUGAGGAAUUUCUCGAGAGUAUUGCAGCGAUAUACCAAGAUUUGCUGUCUGGGAAAAGCCCUAAUACUGUGAUCGUCCCAACCUCUACUUCAGUAGAACAGCUUCCCCUUGUGGCUACUACUGAGACUACACCUCAGGAUGUGGUGGACUCUCUUACUUUUUUUGGAUGUAUAGAAGCUCUCUGUGAGAGAUACAAGCAUAGCCACCCAUCAACAUCAUCUAUCAAGGAGAUCCUUCAGCAGGUGCAGCGCGUGUCCUUCUAUGGGUUUCUGAUUGCUCUUGCAAAGCACGAGGGAAUUAAUUGUGAAAUUGGUUCUCUGCCAAACAAAAUGGAUUUACUCAUAGAUCCUGAAAUGGACCAAGAGCUGGAGAAACUAAUUGCUCAGAUUUCAGUGAGCCCGACAUCUAACAGUGGCAACAGUACAACUGGACACAAGGAACCAGUCAGGAAGGCGUCUCCUCGGAAAUCUCUCUGUCACCGGAAGAGAAUUGAAACUGAAAGUGAUGGGUCCACUGAAGAAACUGACUCUUCAGAAAAUUAGAGUCUGGGAGAUACACUGGGACACUGUUCCUUUUCUUUCAGAAAAGCAUGUGCCCUAAUGACUGGAAUUGGACUUUCUAGAGUACACACAUUUCAUUAGCUUGCUUAUUAGGCAGGGUAAUUGCCCCAGAGCUGUGAAGAGUCAUGCAUUAGAACAAGAUGGUGUUUUUUCUUUUCUGGCUGCUUGGAAUUUAAUACUUCCAAGAGCAUGAACAUGAGUUGAGUCUGAGUUUCAAGGACAUAUAUCAAACGCUUUUCACUGUAUGAUAAACACCAAUAGUAAAAUAAUCAUUUUAUCUUGACUUACAGUCUUAAUCUCCUUAUUGUAUCUGUAUCCAGAGAAUGUUUCACCCUAGCUAUGGAGUAUGCAGUAUGAUAGCAACAUUUUGAAACCAUUACAUUAAAAGCCUUCUCACAUUGUAGUAAAUUAGCCAACUACAAAAGAUCUCAUAGUUAAUUUCACUUCAAGAAGAAAUUGAAUAGAAAAAUGAACCAUAUCAUGUAGGAAUUGAAAUUGCAGAUGCUAUAGACUAUAUAAAUUAGUAUUCUAACUUCCCCCUGCAAGGUGACCGGAUGUGCUGCCCCAGGGUUCUCAAGUGGCUCAACAAGUAAAAGCAUUAACUGAGGGUACAGGCUGAGCCUGGUGAUCCCAGCAUUAUCCCAGCUGGUGGCACCCUGGGUCAUGUCAUUACGCGAGUAAUACCUGGAGUUUUCUAGUGGUGACACAUAACUGGCCAGGUGGCACUGCUGGCUUGAUCUGGGGGUAUCCUCAGCUCCCAGGGCAGACGUAAAGCCUAAUUUAUUACAAUUACUGAUCCCAGACUCAGAAGAUAUAGAAAGAAAAUUUCUGGGCAAUUCUACAUUCCUUUUUAAUGUGAACGUAUACGGAUAUUUACCAUUGUUAUAAAAAAAUGCAGUACUGCAGCAGCCCUGGAACUUACAGCACCUGUAUUAUGUUGCACAGAUAAUUGUUUCUUUUACUGCCACCCUGUGGUUUACCUGCUAUACCAGAAAGAAACCAACACUUUUCUGGCAUUUGGUUGAGACAUAGUAUAUUUAUAUGUGUAUGUACUGUAUCUACUAGGGAAUGUCACAGUAAGAGUACUGUAAAACAGAAUCAGUUUACACAGGAGUAUAAUAAUCUUUUUUGUGCAUGGUGUAUUUAUUUUGACUGAAGGACAUAGUACACUACCUUCAUGUAAUGUAACCGAAAUAAUUUGAAAUAAAAUUUAAUAUAAAUCAUGAA